AUGUGCCGCCGUCAGUCUCGAACAACCAACGACCGCCCUCCGACCAGCAGAUCCCCAGCCCAAUCGCCGCCUGCUGCUCCGCUGCACUCCGGCGAACCCCGCAUCAGUAACGUCGCGGCCCGCCAGUCCUCCUUCGCGAGUUCCCCACGCCGCGACAGACCGCGCCGUGACCAACCUCCUCUGCCGCGAACAGAAGCGGGUCGACCAACCACCGUGAGCCGCUGCAACUCCGAGCACCACCAUCCUCCUCCGUGCAGGCUCGACUCCCGACGUCGCAGAUCACGAGCCACCAUCGCAGCAACUUCCGGCGAGCUUCAUCUGCCCCGAGCAGGACCCGUUCCGACCUCCGCGAGCUUGCAACCUCCGGCGACCUUCGCGAUAAAGAUGAGUCCACCGAGCAGCAGCAUAGCCAAGCAGCGUGCUUUGUCGAGCCCCGUUUCGACUCCCUCUCGAUUGUUUGUGUACCUUACGUGA